GAACCUUGGUGUAGAUUGGACGUCCUUUUGGGAAUCGGCACGCGCAGAAAUGUGGGGGCAGAACCAUCAUGCGGUUCGGACUGUUGAUGAUGAGUCCCGCAAGAAGGCGGUUCCGAUAGGAGUUCACGGCGACGAAGGCCAGGGCAAGAAGGCCAUACGGAGUGCCAACAUGGCCUGGUCGCAAUGUGGAGUGAAUUUGACGCUGGAAGCAUUGCAGUCAGAACUCGUCAAAUCAUUGACAAAGUUGGCCUUUCCCGAGACAGCAGGUUUGGAUGGGCAUUCACUGCAUUACAUCGUCGGCAAAGGCGGCUGGAAACACAAGUCCAGUUGGCUCAGUGAAACCCGUGAUUAUGCAAAUUUACGUGAGAUCCCACGCGCUGGUGCUUCGUUUUGCAGACGGUGUGCCUGCGGCACAGGUCCAAGCGGGCAGCAUUGGCUCGACUUUCAGCACUUGUCCUUCAACGUUCCGGGGUCUGUGGAAGCCACACUGGACAGCAAUGUUCCGCAGAGUUUGCUUCGGCAAUUGCCGUCCUGGCACAUGGAUAUGGAAGCCGCUGAUGUUCUACACACAGUCUGGCUCGGGUGUGCUCGGGACUCCAUAGCCAGCGUCCUCAUGGAUAUCGUGAGCUUCGACCCCAGGUUUUCUGGGGAAGCUACCUACGACAAUUCACUGGCCAGUCUGUUGACAAUGUUCCAUGAUUGGUGCCGUGAAAAGAAGAUAGACGGCUCGGCUAUCGAUGAACUCAGUCUUUCCAAGCUUCACAUUGAUGCACUCAACUUUGAUUAUCCGAUCGCUGGAUCGAAAGCUUACGGCAACAAGCUCCUGUGCUGCUGGGCGGCGCACUUCCUGUCUGACGCUUGCACAUGCUCGGCAAAAGAGCGGAUUUGUGCUUCCGAAACCAGCAAGCUGUGA